GUUGUUUUAAAAGCAUUUCCGCCGUUUUGUUUCAUAUCUGGUCAAUUAAUCGCGCAAAGUCAAAGAACUACGAAUCCUAUUCAGCACUUCGCGCUGCAACACUGCCUGGCUGUGCGCAUGUGAAGAGCUGAGUGAAAUAUUCAUUUUUAGAAGCGCUGCGCACAUGCAUAAAAGUUGGUCUAAUUUACUUGAAACGAGAGUCUACUGAAGUGAGACUGUGUUGUUGUGUUUCUUGACUAUUUACAUUGUUUUGUUCACAAGCUAGGUUGUUUUUCUAUGUUUGAGUUUUAAAUGCUAGGGAAGAGGUGACAACGCUUCUAAUAGUCAGACUGAAAGUCAGUCACAAUCAUGACUCUAGUCGCGCUACCACGGUAACCUCCCGACCUUAAAGGCAUAACUCCCACUCUGGGUCAGACAUGUCUGUGAUAGUGGGAGAGGGGCGGGUCAAAGCCUGGAGGGUCACCAGAAGCAUCACCUACUACUGCACCAGCGAUACCCCUGCCCCCUCUCCUCCUACCUCCUCCUUAUCCUCCCAUCUAGACUCUCCUCUUCCCUCCCCCUCCUACUCCCUCUCCGCCCCCUUUAUCUCAGACAUGCCCUCUCACCCCACCGUUUCCUCAACUCUCACCCCUUCAUUUUCGGAUGUACCAACCCUCUCUCCAUCUUCACCCUCCUCCUCCCCCCGUCCACUCCUCCUGCUUUUCCCGUGGCUGGGCGCCCGACCGGGGGCCAUGGCGAAGUACCGGGACCUCUACCUGGAACGCGGCCUGGACAUCCUAUCUGUGGAGAGCACUGUGUGGCACUUCCUGUGGCCUCGCUGGGGGCUGGAGUACGGAGCUGAGGUCCUGGAGGUCCUGGGAGACCCGCGUUUCAAAGGUCGCCCCCUUCUGGUCCACGCCUUCUCCAUCGGCGGGUACACCUUCACCCAGCUGCUCAGCCAGAUGGUCAGGGAGCCACACAAGUACCCAGGCCUGGCCCAACGGGUCGUAGGACAUGUCUAUGACAGCAUGGUGGUCGGGUCGCUGGAGCAUAUGGCUAAAGGCCUGGGUCUGACCCUGUUCCCUCAUAUCGAGCCCCUGGUGCGAUACACUGCUCUGCUCUACUUCUGGCUCUUCAAGUCCCAGACGGUGUACUACUAUGACAAGUCAAUCCAGGUCUUCUACAACAGCCCCGUCACCACCCCAGCGCUCUUCUUCUUCUGCGAGAACGACGCGCUGUGUGACCCCGUCGCCAUGGAGGCAACCAUCUACAUCUGGAGGAAGCGGGGCAUUGCUGUGGAAACCGGGAAGUGGAAGGAGUCUGUGCACGCUGCUCAUCUACGCUGUCACCCGGAGGAGUACCUCUCCACGUUGGAAAAAUUUAUGAUCUCGCUCAACAUCGCCCCCCUCAGGGAGAAGAUGUAAAUGGAUUAUGUGCUAAUCACAGUGGGGGGG